AUGUUCGUAUUAUUAUUCGUAGUAAUCGUAAGUAUUUCAGCUUAUUCAAAUGAUCAAUUUGUUUGUCCUGGAGGUAAUUCUAGUUACCUUCCAGUAACAUUACCAACAGGUUGGAUAAAUGGAUCAGUGAAUUGUUUUGAUGAAGGCGCACAACAACCUGCUUUAGAUAUAUUUCCUAUUAAUAAUGAUACAUAUAUUCUACGUGAAAAUAAAUGUAUUAAUUAUGAAGCAUCAUUUAUAUAUUUACUUUUUGGUAAUAACAUUGCAUUAUUAAUUGAUAGUGGAGCAACAGUAUCACCUAUUUCUUUACCUAUUCAACAACAUGUUGAAUCAAUCAUACUUAAUUGGUGUAUUAUUAAUAAAAAAGAACGUCAAGAUAUUGAAUUAGUUGUUGCACAUACACAUAAUCAUCAAGAUCAUAUAGCUGGUGAUGCACAAUUUCGCGAUAAACUUUUUACAACAGUUGUUGGUACAACUGUUGAUGAAGUUAAUCAAUUUUUUCAAUUAGAUAAUUGGCCAAAUACAAUUGGUACAUAUGCACUUGAUAAUCAACGUCAUUUAGCUAUUAUACCAAUACCUGGUCAUGCAAAUUCUUCUAUUGCUUUUUAUGAUUGUGCAACAGGUUUAUUAAUAACAGGCGAUUCAUUAUUACCUGGACGUUUAUAUAUAUCAGAUUUUUCUGCUGAUGUUGAAUCAAUAUUACGUUUGAUUAAUUUUAUUGAAUUAAAUCGUCUCAAUAUAACAUCAAUACUUGGUGCACAUAUUGAAAUGACACAAGAGAAUAAAAUUGAUUAUCCAAUAGGUGCAACAUAUCAACCAAAAGAACGUCAAUUAAAUAUGUCAUUAGAGCAAUUACAUCAACUUAAUAAUGAAUUACAACAACAAUGGAAAGAUGGUUUUAAUCGUCGACAUAAAGCUUAUUAUGAUACAUUUAUUUUUGAUCCAAUUCCAUCUCAAUUACCACCAUUACAACCUGAUGGACGUGUUGCAGUUCAUGGUUUUAUAUUAUUACCAUUGGAUAAAUCAAAUUAUGUAUGGAUAUCACAUAAACCAAUGUUUAGUACACCACAUGAUUUUCAACUUGUUUAUCUUGCAACAAUAACAAAUUCAACACUUGAUCCAGUACCAUUACCAACAAAUAUAACUCGAUUAUAUAAUCAAUGGACUAUUCAACCUGAAAAAUGGUCAUUAAAUAAUUUAAUUAAUGGUAAUUUAACAUCUUUUCGAACAAAAUUAUAUAAAGGAAAUUUUGAACAAGGUGGAACAUAUUUAUGUGACAUAACAAUAAAUAUAAUUCAACCAUUAUUAACUGUCGUUCAAUUAAAUAUAUCAGAAGUUGAACCUUAUCAACCAUUACGUUAUACAAGUUAUUUUCUAACGAAUUCAAUUAUAGCAACAAAAACAUAUAUUCAUCUUUAUCUUCUUCAUCAAAUACGUGUGCAACCUGAUUUUGACGCUAUUAUACAUGUUAUUAUUGAUCCAGCUAAUUGUACAACUGAUAUUGAUCCAAGUAAAUUAAAUAAUUUAUUAGGAAAAAAUGGAAAUGAAUGGGCAUUUCCUGGAAUUGAUAAUGAUAUAGGUUAUCGUCUUACGCCAGCAUCGGGAUUAGUACGUGCACAACUUCUUGGUGAUAUUUAUUCAACAACAUGUACAAUGCAAAUUGUUGAAGAAAUUCAAUGUACGAUAGGACCUGAUUUUUAUGAAGACUGUAACGUUUAA